AUGGCUACCGCAACAAAAAUCUUCUCGUUGGAAGGAAAGGGAUUGAAAUUAGAUUCCGCUGCCGAUGUCGAACCGCAUAUCAAGACACUGAGGGAGAUGAAAGAUGUAGAGGAAGUGAGAUUUUUGGGAAACACCUUGGGCGUUGAGGCCUGUAGGGUGAUUGGGGAGGUUUUGGAAGAGAAGACAAGUUUGAAGAUUGCAAACCUGGCGGAUAUAUUUACUGGACGUUUGCUUAACGAAAUUCCACAAGCUCUUUCAUCUCUCCUUACUGCCCUGCUCAAGCUCCCAAAUUUGCAUACAGUCAAUUUGAAUGAUAAUGCCUUUGGACUCAACACUCAAGCUCCACUCGUCGCAUUCCUUUCUUCGCACACUCCACUUCAACACCUCAUCCUCAAUAAUAACGGACUAGGACCUCAUGCUGGUAUUCUGAUUGCAGAUGCACUUAGCGCAUUAUACGCAAAGAAAGUCGAGGCACGUGCGGCAGGAAAACAAGUUCCGGAUUUGGAAACUGUCAUUUGCGGACGCAAUAGAUUGGAGAAUGGAAGUAUGACGGCUUGGGCAAAGGCAUAUAGCUUGCAUACCGGUGUAAAGGAAGUCAAGAUGGUACAGAAUGGCAUUCGACAAGAGGGAAUUAGUCACUUGUUGAGUGAAGGUUUGAAAUAUGCGAAGGACAUUGAAAUUCUCGAUCUACAAGACAAUACUUUUACAAUUACGGGCUCAAAGGCCUUGGCUAGAGUUGUCGGAGGAUGGGCCAAUAUCCAAGAGUUAGGUGUCGGAGAUUCCUUGUUGGGUGGGAAGGGAAGUGUUCUUUUUGCAGAGGCUUUGAAAAAGGGCAGAAACACCAAAUUGGAGAUUUUGAGGUUACAGUUCAACGAUAUUGGAGUCAAGGGUCUAACAGUCUUUACCGCCGCUGCGAAGGAAGCUCUACCAAAUUUGAAGAAGAUUGAAUUGAAUGGAAACAAAUUUGACGAGGAUCAUGAUUGCAUUGUGGAAUUGAAGGAGCUGUUGGAGGAAAGAAAGGAAAAGUUAGCGGGUGAGAUAAUCAUUGAGGAUGAUUGGGGUCUUGACGAAUUGGAGGAUUUGGAAGGAGAAAGCGAUGAAGAGAGUGAUGAGGAAGAAGAAGAACAAGAGGAGCAAAGAGAAAAAUUGAUCCACGACGCAGAGGAAGCUCAAGAAGGAGAACCUGUUGCACAAAGAGAGGACAAGGAUGUCGAUGACCUCGCAAAGGUUCUCGGCAAGAACCUCCAAGUCUGA